ACACACACACACACACACACACACACACACACACACACACACACACACACACACACACACACAUCCCAUCACAACCAUAUCACAGCUACACUGCAUGAUCCCAGUAUAGUAUAGCGCUGCGCGUAGGCAUCGAUUUCAUUUUAAAAGCUUCAUAAAGUGUCGUAGCGGCAAGGUGUGGUGCACCAAGGACACGGAGCCACAUCACCACCCUCUACACACGAUAGCGAAUCCUCGCGAUUGGUCUCUUUCAGUCUGCGUCGCGAAGAGACGAGACACACACCCCACACCCCUUCGCCUUUGAAGCAACGGCGCUCCGGAGAGAGGCGAAGCCAAUAGAGCCAGCGCCGCUAUGGAGGGAAUGCAGGCAUACGGAGCGGGCAAGGCCGGAGGGGCGUUCGACCCCGUCACCUUCUUCCAGCAGCCGCACACCGUCCUCCGCAUCGUGUCGUGGCUGUUCUCCAUCGUCAUCUUCGGGUGCAUUGCUAACGAGGGAUACAUCAACAAACCCAACGAGGUGGAGGAGUUCUGCAUCUUCAACCGCAACCAGAACGCCUGCAACUAUGGCGUAUGCAUGGGCUCUCUGGCCUUCCUGUGCUGCCUGGGCUUCCUGGCACUAGAUGUCUACUUUCCCCAGAUCAGCAGUGUCAAGGACCGCAAAAAGGCCGUGCUGGCAGACGCUGGAGUGUCUGCCUUCUGGUCCUUCAUGUGGUUUGUCGGCUUCUGUUUCCUGGCCAACCAAUGGCAGGUAGCCAAGUCCGAUGACAACCCCCUGAAUGAAGGGGGUGACGCGGCCCGCGCUGCCAUCACCUUCGCCUUCUUCUCCAUCUUCACAUGGGGUGCUCAGGCCUUGUUUUCGCUGGAGAGAUUAAAGAACGUGUCGUUUGAAGAGGAGUACAACAAGCUGUUCCCCUCCCAGCCACACCCCCCUAUGAUCUAACACAUAUGUACACCCCCUACUAACACACAAACACACACAAGUACACGCACAAAUGCACAAACCUUACUAACACACACACAAGAGCAACAAACACACAAACAGGCGCCUACACACACACACACACACACACACACACACACACACACACACACACACACACACACACACACACACACACACACACACACACACACACACACACACACACACACACACACACACACACACACACACAGAAACACACACACUUAUUCCAGUGUGCGCCUUUGCACACACACACAUGCGCACACACUCUGAGCUGCACUGAUUACUAUGGUAUUGCACUUGGUUGUUGUAAAACUAUUAAGAGCAGUCAACAUCCACUCUUUCAUAGGAGAUCUCAACAGCUUCAUGAAGUCCAAAUCAAACUUCUUCAUAGACUCCAACACCGUGGAUAAACCGUUUGUCUCUGCGACAUAUUAGCUAAUUUAUGAUGGAUGAUUUGUGUAGGUUGCAUAAAUGCAAAAAUUGCAGAAGUUGGCUCUUAUGAGCCGUGAUGCAGAACCAUCAGAUAUGAUUUACUUUAUACAACCCAAGCAGGUAAUUUUGGUGUAUGCGAGUCAUGAGGUUGAGACACAGGGUAACCUACGGCUGCUCUUCGACGUAGUAGUAUGAUUUAUUCCUGAGCCUGGCUGUGUUUUGCUUUAGAAAACCCGCCAAUUUGAUGUUGGUUACUGGGUGGUUACAGCGAGGCCUGUAUGUAGGUGUGCUGAAUUGAGCAAAAUAAAUACUGCCUGGAUGUAAUGUUGCCAUGGGGAUGGGUUGUACACCUUUCUUCAUUAAGCUACCAAUGUUUUAUGUAUUCUCCAAUAAAUGUUUUAUGACUAUAUUAACGGUGAAAGUGCCCUGCUAAAUUGCAUCUGAAACUGCCCCCCCCUGCUGUUUAGCAAAGUUAACUUUGGCAAAGUUAACUUUAUUAAGCUGGCACCUCGAAAGGGGUUUGCUUUUCAAAUGCAGUCGCUUGAUUAUCUGAUCAUUAAUAUUUAACAUUUAUAUUUUCCCAAACAAAAACAAAGGAAAGGAAUGAAAAUAUAUAUAUUUUAAAGGUAUUUCUCCCUUUUAGUUUAACAACCAAUCAUUAGGUAAGACCACUUUGUGUUAGAUCAAAUCUUUAUGUUUUUUAAUGAACAUGCUGACUUACCAUUAAUACCCUUUUGGAAACAAAGGGUAUAAAUAGUGUGAAUAGACAACAUUAUUGGAAGACCUAACCACCCCCCAACCAUUUUUCUGUCUGUAUGUACAGAUUCCAAAAUUAGUCUACAUCAGCUGACGGACUGAUAACUUCAGUUCUGCCUGUCAUAGAUGAGAACCCCCUGGUAUUCAGACGCACCUUUCCACUGUUCAAGUGUUCAUGGAUAGGGUUCAGGAAAAAGGAUGUGUGUGUUUUUUUGUCACACCUCUGCAUGAAAAAUACCCAAUGCUAUCUCCACAACAUGAGCUAUAGAGCUGAUUCUCUGGACGGAUGCUGUUGGAGGUCCAGAGGAAAAGAGAGAUCCUGUGCUUUCUCUCUGUUAUUUGUGUGUCUGUGUUUCUAUACUAACGCUGCUUCGGCUUGUAUCUUGACGUCCAUUACGCUUCACUGUGUUUUCCAGACAAUAACUAAUCUGAUCUUGCUUCUCUUGUUUGUCCUCUGUCUCGCUCGCUCUGUC